UCGCUACCUUUACAGAAAUCAUCUGUUCACAGAAAUAACUUUUUCCCAAGAAAAGAAGAAAAUGAUUUCACCAAAUUGACCUUCGCCAUUUUCGUCGCUAUCUCCCCUCUCUCUCUCUCUCUCUCUCUCUCACACACACUACUGUGUGCGUUACUCCCCUUCCCUCCCUCUCUCAGUCGCCUAGGGUUUUCUCCAAGUAGCUCCUUCAUUCUUCAAUGGCGAUCACAGGCGCAGGUUUUAAGUGGUACGAUGGAUUCUUUCUAUCAAUGCUUGCGUUUAGCAUAAUAAUGGUCGGCUUGAGUUGGGACCAUUACCACCUUUGUAAAUUACCAUUGCACCUAUGGAUAUCGGUUGAUUAUGCCGCGGUCUUUGUUUUCCGCCUCUUGAUGUUCGUAGACAAUGCGAUUGCAGCUGAAGUGCGAUUGGAUUUUGGCAGACAACUAAGAGGGCGUCAUUUUUUUGGAAGAAUUGUAGUUCUAUCUAUUCUGUACGCAGUGCUCUACCCCUUUCUUUGGGCAUGGAGUGUUGUUGGGGCUGUUUGGUUUGCUGGAGCAAGAAACUGUUUACCUGAAAAAAACCAGAAAUGGGGAUUUCUUGUAUGGUUACUUUUUAGCUUCUGUGGACUCAUUUGCCUUGCGGGUAAUUUCGGUAAAAAGUGGUUAACAAGAAGGCAAGCUCAUUUGCGACGCGCUCCACAUGGGACCCGUAUAUCAGAAUAUAGGGUUUUGCUUAAUAUGAUUCGUCAACCCGAUUGGGUAUUUGAAACUGCCGGUCAAGAAAUGAGAGGCGUUGACCAAGAUGGCGCCCCGUAUAGUCCUGGACAAGAUUUAUCUGAAUCACAGAGGACAGCGGUGGAAACAUCGAUUCAACGGCUUCCAGUUUUUAUCUUAAAAGCCGUCCCGACCGACUGCAGUGACUGCCCGAUCUGUUUGGAAGAGUUUCAUGUCGGGCAAGGGGUACGUGGGCUUCCUUGUGCGCAUAAUUUCCAUGUUGCAUGCAUCGAUAAAUGGCUUAGAGUAAAUAUGAAGUGCCCUAGAUGCCGGUGUUACGUGUUUCCUAAUCUUAACCUAAGUAAUCCGUUGACUAUCCCGGUUGACUCGGUGACUCAUCAUCAUGUUAGAAUCCAACCAUCUAGUUACCUUGUUAGAAUGCAGAGCUUUUUACAACCGGUUCGUGAAGAAGAUGGACAGCUGUUCACCUCCUCCAGCCCUAGCUCCAGUUCCUCAAGUGAGAGUCCGAAUACUGCUGCUGCUACUGGUUUUGAAUAUGUUGAAAAUGGAUCUCGGAUGUGUGAUCAUGUUCCUGCAAUGGGAGAACAUGUACAGUGAUUGGUUUUAAUUCGGAUGUUGUUUAAGAUAGGAUGUAAAUCUUUUUUUGGUUGGAUUUUAUAUGAGAUUUAGAACUACAUUGCUUGUUUUUGGUUACCUUUAAUGUAAUGGUUCCAAAAGCAUGUUGAUACUUCAAUGCUAGUUAUGGCAUAUAUAGACUUUUAUCAUGCAAUUGUGUCGGGUUUUUAUUGUGUAAACGCGUUUUUGAAAUCUUGAAUUUGCGCUUAUCUUUAUGUUGGAAGAUAGUGUGAGGGUAG